AUGCCCCCAUACACACCUAUACUACUUCAACAUGUCAAUCUGCCUGUUCCAAAAGGUACAUUACAUCUAGCUCAAGAGUUCUACGGAGAAGUCAUUGGAUUUGAGAAUGAUCCUGUACCGCAAUUACAGAGGGAUAUCCUCUUAUGGUUCAGGAUAGGAGAUGGGCCUCAACAAAUCCAUGUAGCUUUCGAAAACAUCUCCCCCGACUCUAAGAUCAUCUCCUCCCGGCAUCCAUGUUUUCAACUUUCCUCGCCCGAAGCACUCCUCUCCCUCCAGAGGAGAAUAUACGGACACAAGCAGUCCGGCGCAGAAUCAUCAGCGUUGGAAUGUGAUCAACCGGGAGAAGAGAACUCGGGUUCGAAAGGUGUAGAGUACCCUACGAGGUUUUUCGUUAGGGAUUAUGCAGGUAAUAGGUUGGAGUUCAGUGCGCCAAAGUGA